AGGUUUUAUUCCGACUUGUGCGAGAAGAAUGUCUGUUGAAGUGACGAAAAAGUUGGUGGGUGAGAAUUUGGAUAAAUGUGCUGACGAGGCCCUAGAAGGGCUUGUGGCAAUGAACCCGGGUUUACGUUUGCUUGGCAAAUCCAGGAACGUUGUUUUGGAAGACUUGGAAGUUAUUCGAGGAAAAGUUGCUGUCAUCAGCGGUGGAGGAUCUGGACACGAGCCCUUUUCUGCUGGUUACGUGGGGAAAGGAAUGUUGACAGCUGCGGUUCCAGGGCCAAUUUUUGCCUCUCCUCCGAUGCAACAAACGUAUCCUCUCAUCAGACAUCUUGCCCAGUAUGAACCAUCUGGGAUCCUGGUGUUCGUUUUCAACUACACCGGAGACCGAUUGAAUUUUGGAUUGGCUGUGGAAAAGGCCAAAUUGGACAAGAUCAAUGUGGAAAUGUUUGUCAACGGUGACGACACUGCAAAUACUGGUGCACAAGCAGUCGGGAGACGUGGCAUGGCUGGGAAUAUGUUUUUGCUAAAGAUUGCUGGAGCGAUGGCCGAAGCUGGGACUUCGUUGAGCGAAAUAAUCGCAGAGUUGCGGUUCGCCGCUACACGAAUUGGCACAAUCGGUGUGUGUUUGAAUCCGUGCAGUUUACCCGGACAACCACCGUUGUUUUCUCUGGGCCCUGAUGAAAUUGAGUUGGGGCUUGGGGUGCAUGGAGAAGCUGGGGUCGCUCGAAUGAAGCUGAAACCCAUAACCGACGUCGUGACAGCUAUGAUAACCCACAUGACUGAUCCGCAAAAUCAAAACAGUUUGGAACUCGGAAACGAUGAAGAAAUUGCCUUGUUGGUGAAUAAUUUAGGAGGAACAUCUCAAUUAGAAGAGUUGAUCGUGUGUCGAGAAGUCGUGGCUUUGCUCGGUGAGGGCAACUUUUUUUUUCUCUGGAGAUACAGUACCUUUAAAAAAAAAAAAACUGAAUUUAAAUUCGCGACAGAGCACAGAAACCUGGCUGUUUUGAGAGCAUACACCGGACAUUUCAUGACGUCUCUGGAAAUGGCUGGGGUGCAAAUUUCCAUCUUUAAACUGGGUGACGAAAUUUGCAAGAAAAGAUGGCUGCCAUGGUUGGACUCUCCGACUGACGCAGUAGCUUGGCCGAGACCCUUACUUUCGAAAAUUUCAACAAACAGAUUCACGCCGUGUCGAAUAGCGUUGCAAAUCGGGUCAAUUGAGGUCGAUGAAGAAGGUGACACGACUGUCACACCUGUUCUUCUUGACAAAACAGGUGUUAUCUUGUUUCAUAAUGCUUUGCUGUCAAUUAUUGCUGCUUUGCGAGCAUCGGAACAUGUCCUGAAUGACUUGGACUCCAGAGCCGGCGAUGGAGACUGUGGAUCAACGAUAAACCGAGGGGCAAACGGAAUCAUGGUGGGUUUAGAGAAACAAGUGAUAAAUCUUCAGAAUCCGGGGAAAGCUCUGGAGACGAUUUCGGAGAUUUGUGCCAGCGACAUGGGAGGAAGUUCUGGGGCACUUUACAGUCUGUUUCUUGCCGGGGCGUGUCGCUGUUUUUUGCACGCAAAUUCUGAAGCAGAUUUGCAGACUUUGUGGAUCGAGGCCUUCUGCGAAGGAAUCGCAAAUCUCAAGAAAUACAGUGGCGCUGAAAUCGGCGAUAGAACUAUGGUGAGAUGCUUCAAGACAUCAAAAUGGCCAUUUAUCGACGCCCUGGACCCAGUAAAGAAUGUUCUGCAAAAUGCAAAACCAGGAAAAUGGACAAGUUUGCUUGAGGAAGCUGCUGUGGCUGCUGAAAUGGGAGCUGAGGCCACUAUCACCAUGAAAGCGAGAGCUGGCAGAGCUGCUUACGUGGCUGUGGAAAAUUUCCAUGGUCCUGAUCCUGGCGCAAAAGCUGUCGCCAUCUGGAUCAGGGCCGUUUGUGAUUCUUUGGCUGGUUAAUUCUUACGAAAAGUGAUUCAUUAUUUUGUGAUUGAUUGUACAUUACCUUAAUUCUUGAUCAAAUUUUAAGGCCAUUUCAUGUGAUGUAGCAACUGUUGGGCAGAGGAAUAAAUUCUUGAUGGAAUCCGAA